UUAGUCGCGCUGCAGACAACGGAGCGAAACGACGUCUGACAAGUUAAUCAUCACAUUACGUCACGCUUUUGUGGCCGGGUUUUCCACGUCCGUCACACAAUUCGGUGAAUAGUUCUCGUGGAUAAUGUGGAGUGAGGAGAGCCCGAGGAAUGGGCGUCGGGGACACGAGGUGGUGUCCAGCAUAGCGGGGGGCAGCUCGGAGGUGGUGGUGCUGGACGACCGGGUGAUCGAGGCGGCGGCGCGCGCGCAGCCCGGCGUCACCAACAUCAACGUCACCAAGUCCACCGGGCUCCACAUCGGGCCCAAGUUCGUGUCGGUCACGCAGAACGUCGACAACACCGAGGUGGUCAAAGGCCGGUUACUGGGCCUGGAGCUGGUCUCCCCUCAGAACGCGAAGCGACUGCGCUGCAGCAUCGCGGUGUUUGUGUGCUGGGCCUUCGUAGUCGCUUGUGGCCUCACUUUCUUCAUCUUCCACUAUGCACUGGCUAAACAGGCAAUACGACUAGAUCUAGACUUACCUCUCCCGAGAUAUCUUUGGGACAUAGCGAAAAGUACAACGAAAGCAGAGAGAUUGUCCUGUGCAGCUGCACUAAUUGCCCUCGUCGUGUGCAUUCUCCUAAUUGUGUAUUUCACCGUCAUCGCGAAGAGGACCGUCGAUUCAGUCGUUGACAUAGCUCCCCAUGAAUGGUACAUAACUCGAGAAAUGUGGCUAGCUCCAGAGUUCUUCAAUGAUGGCGAUAGAACUCAAAAGUUCGACCCUCUGAGGUUGGUCAUUAUCGCCCACACAGUCAGUCCAGAAUGCACACUGUUCGUGAACUGUGCUGCUGAACUAAGAAAUAUGCAAGGAUACUUUCUCAAAACUUAUCAUUACGACCUUCCGUACAAUUUCUUGAUUGGGAACGAAGGAAGAGUUUAUGUGGGACGAGGCUGGAACGUGGUUGGUGCACACACCCAAUCCUACAAUCGCUGUUCUCUUGGCAUAGGCUUUAUAGGUGAUUACCGCGAAGGUUUACCACAGUACUCAAAAGUGAACGAAAAACAGCUGGAGAGAGCAAAAAUGCUACUUGACUUGGGAGUAAGGGUCGGAUAUUUGCAUCACGAUUAUCACGUUCUCGGCGCUAAAGACCUUCAAUCUUCAGAAAGUCCUGGUACUAAUCUUUACAGGGCUAUACAAAACUGGACUCACUAUGAUCAUUACAACCAUUACCAAAACAAAAAUUGUGAGGAGAUAUACGAGUACUUUCAAAAUAAAACGAGUACGGUUGGCUUAACAGCGACGCUUCCGACGGCUAUAAAAAAUAACACAGUUAAUAAUAAGUAAGGUUAAGGACCGGAUGGACUGCUCAAUUUCUGGUUAAAGUGGCUGCAAAGUUCGCACCCCUGUUUAGCAUCACAGUUUCAGUCAUCCUUAGAAGCCGGGUCGCUCCCACAGUUUCUAACAACAGGAGUUACCCAUCUGCUCCAUAAAUCAGGCAGUACCGCGGAACCCAAAAAUUAUAGACCGAUCACUUGUUUACCGACGGUCUAUAAACUUCUUACAUCUAUUUUGAGAUUAAAAAUAAACCAACAUAUUGAAAAGUAUUCAAUUAUGUCAGUUUCUCAAAAUGGAUGUAGGAAGGGGUCCCGUGCUACUAAGGAGCUGCUCCUCACUGAUAUGGUCAUCAGCCAACAGGUUCGACGAUCCCGAAAGAAUUUGUCGACGUGUUGGAUAGACUAUAAGAAGGCCUACGACUCGGUCCCCCAUACAUGGCUUAAGAGGGUACUGGAGUUGUAUAAAAUAAAUACAACUCUACGCGCCUUUCUUGCGUCAUGUAUGGAGCAAUGGAGAACGGUUCUUCACUAUCCAGGAUGUAGACAAAUUGAAGGGACCGGCGAUCCUAUUAAGAUCGAGCGGGGAAUAUUCCAGGGUGACAGUUUGAGUCCACUUUGGUUUUGCCUGGCCUUGAACCCUUUAAGCACAUUGCUAGAGGGUUCGGGGCUGGGCUAUCCUUUGCGGAGAGGGGGUCAGGUUAUAUCCCAUUUGCUUUAUAUGGAUGAUCUGAAACUAUUUGCCACCACAGAACUGCAGCUGAUGAAGCUACUGAAGAUCACUGAAAAUUUCAGUAGUUGCAUCAGGAUGGAGUUCGGUGUGGACAAAUAUGCAGUCAUGCAUGUAAACCGAGGUGGAAUUGUGGAAUCUGAGGAAGUAUAACUCUCAGAUUCUAUAAACCUGAGAUCACUCUCCGCAAACGAUACAUAUAAAUACUUGGGUAUGGCGGAGGGGUUAGGUUAGGUUACUGUCAUGAAACAGUCAUUACGGGAGCGUUUCUUUGGCCGCCUGAAUAAGGUUCUAAAAAGUUCCUUAUCGGGCGGCAACAAGGUUCGCGCCUAUAAUGGUUGGGUCAUGCCAGUCCUGAUGUACUCCUUCGGCAUACUCAAAUGGACCCAAACUGAAUUGGAUGUCCUGGAUAGGAGAGUCCGCACACUGCUGACCGCAGAACGAAUGUAUCACCCACGAUCGUCGGUGAUGAGACUGUACAUCCCACGGAAAUGUGGAGGCCGAGGCUUUUUAAAUGCAAAGACGCUCCACAACCGUGAGGUGUGCAGUCUCAGAGAAUAUCUUCUCAAAAGCGACGUGGGUAUGCAUCGUGAUAUGGUAGCAGUGGACAAAGGACUCACCCCGCUAUCGUUGGCAAAUGAGAACUGGCGCAGACCUGUGGUACUAACUACCCAUGAUCGCAAGGGGGUAUGGCAGAGCAAACAGCUACACGGACGCUUCUUCGGGGCUCUUCAUGGCCCCGAUGUAGACUUCAAUGCGUUCGUAGCUUGGCUGCGCUUCGGUGACCUAUUUGGAGAAACCGAAGGUUUGUAUGUGCAAUUAUGGACGAAGUUAUCCUGACGAAUAACUACCGGAGGUAUAUUAUGAAAGACGGGACGGUUGACAUAUGUCGGGCAUGUCACCAUCCGGGUGAGUCUAUCAGACAUAUUAUAUCUGGUUGUUCUCGUUUGGCUAACGGUGAAUAUUUGCACAGGCAUAACCAAGUGGCCAAGAUCAUCCACCAGCAGCUUGCUCUGCAAUACAAACUUGUAGAUCUUGAGGUACCGUACUACAGGUAUGCGCCCGACCCAGUUCUCGAAAAGGACCAUAUCACGUUGUACUGGGAUCGAUCUAUCAUCACUGACAGGACUAUUGCAGCCAAUAAGCCUGAUAUAGUGGUGAUAGAUCGAUUAGCGCGCCGCGCGAUGAUAGUCGAUGUCGCCGUCCCGCAUGACGAGAACCUAGUGAAAGCUGAGAAAGAGAAACAAAUAAAAUAUCUUGACUUAGCGCACGAGGUUGUCGCCAUGUGGGAUGUCGACACGGCUGUUAUUGUGCCGAUUGUCAUUACGGCCAAUGGUCUAAUAGCCAAGAGCCUCGACCAACACCUCAGGAGGCUCUCGUUGGGCGGCUGGAUCAAGGAUUGAUUCAGAAGGCAGUACUCCUUGAUACGGCGCGUAUUGUGAGGAGGUUUCUGUCUCUGGGACCCUAACCACCGGUACCUUGGACCCUGUGCCCGAUAUCGGUGGCCAUCUAUUUUUUAUAUUUUUAAAUGUUUUUUUAUUUUUUUUGUAAUCUAAUAUUUAAAAAUAUAAAUAAUAUGUUGAAAGACAAAUAAAUGCACUAUCAGUAAGGUUAAUUAAAAAUUGUGGCCGUCGUUAGAUGCCUGGCAGGUGAAAUGGGAUGCGGAGCAGUGAAACUGAGAUGAAGACACUGGUAUACGUAGUAUGCUGCAUUCACGCUGAUCAGACCUGACAGAAAGACAUCGGACAAGACGAGAACGGAUCAUCCCGUUUCACGGCAAAUAACUAAGGGCAUGUUCCGAUACACACUCUGUAAGGUAGAUAGAUAGAUAAGAUAGAUAAAACAUUUAUUCGACAAACAAAAAGACACCACAAAGAUACACAAUAAUAAAAAUAAAACACAAUAAGAAGUGGGUAGAAAGAGAAACAUGAUAUACAAACAGAGAUUAACAGCGUGCUGCACCACGGUGACUGUUGGUGGCACACACCAUGGUAACCUUGCGCCCAAUGAUACUGCUAGGUACCCCUAGGCGUUUACCUAUUGUUUCAUAUUAAAAUGUAUCAUCUUUUAACAUAUUUCGCUUCAAUAAACCCAUUUAUGUACAUAUUUAUUAAAGCUAAGGCCUCGAAUGAAUUUAACGUAUUCGGCAAUGCCCUAUGUGGGUAUAUUAAAUAUUAUUGUAUCAAAUAUUUUAUUAUUAAGAUAAUUUUCAAAUUUGAACAGCAUUCAGUCAAAAUCUUACUAAGAAGUAUUGUUAUUAAGAGGAAAA